AUGGGCUUCAUUCCUCUCGAAGAGGCCACUUUCUGCCAUGAGCCCACAAACGAAGUUGAAAAAGUGCCGACAGAUGCGAACGGUACUGGCUUUAGCUCUUUCCAGAUUGCGGAGCUUGCUUCUGAAAAGAUCGCUUCUCCGACUGGCAUGAAAGAAGAGAUCCUGUUAUUGUCUUGGCUCAUGGUGCUUCUGCGCAGCCGGGAAGAUAGCCAAGUAUCUUACGACUGGUCUUACAACGACCGCCAAAAUGGCGCUGAGCCGGAAUCAGUGAACAAAUUAUCGAUGAACGAAGUAAUGAAUGGAUUGCAAAGUAAUGUCGCCGAAGUUGCGACUGCAAUCUCUCGAAAUAUCCCCACAGGGCCGACGAGUCCUGCAUCGCUCUUCUUGAGCACCAGUUCUCUUUCGCGAACAUCGGAAGAAGCUAAGGAAGAGGGUAUACUUCAUCUGGAAGUUCGUUUUAACAAUGCCAACCUCGAAAUCCGCCCAGUGUGGCACACCGAGAACAUGUUGCCGUAUACAGUGAACCACCACGUUGAGGCGUUGGCCGAUACUUUCAGCGUGUGCCUCACAAGUUUCGAUGCGACUAUUGAACAAUGCCUUCGGCCGACCGCAAGUGAUCUGAACGAUAUAUGGGGAUGGAAUCAUGAAUUACCCCCCACCUACAACUUUUGCAUGCAAGAAAUGGUCGCCGAUAGAGCUCGCGAGUACCCAGAGAAAGUCGCCAUUGACUCAUGGGACGGCAGCCUGACAUAUAGCCAAAUCGACCAAUGGUCGACUUCCGUGGCGCUCUCGCUCCGGGAAAAGGGAGUCGAACUACACGAUGUGAUCCCCGUGUGUUUCGAGAAGUCCAGAUGGACGAUUGUCGCCGUGCUUGGAGUGAUGAAAGCGGGCGCAACCCUUGCCCUCAUGGAUCCAACUCUUCCUCUUGCCCGUCUUCAAAAUAUGGCCGUACAAGUCGGCGCAAAGGCCAUGGUUUCGUCUCGCAAACAGUAUGAGUUGUCGAUGACGAUCAUGCCGACUGGAGAGCACUUCGUCGUUGAAGAAGAAGCUUUCGCAAACCUAUCCGACAUUCCAUCAAUCUCCGACUUGCCCGCCGUUCCAUCCUCCGCCCUUAUGUACAUCAUCUUCACCUCCGGCAGCACAGGCACUCCCAAAGGAGUGAAGAUCUCUCACGAAACCUAUACAAGCAGUGCUAUCCCUCGAGCAAAAGCAGUUGGAUACACACCCGAAUCCAGAGUUCUCGACUUUGCAUCCUACGCGUUCGACGUCAGCAUUGACAGUAUGCUUUUGACACUCGGAAACGGCGGCUGCCUUUGCAUUCCCUCUGAUGAGGAUCGACUGAACGACAUCAACGAAGUUAUCCGAAAAAUGCGGAUUAACUAUGCAGGUCUGACUCCAUCUGUGGGCCGCAUCUUGGAUGCGGAUGUUAUUGCAUCUCUCAGCGGUCUUGGUCUCGGAGGAGAGGCAGUCUCGGCAAGAGACGCUAACCACUGGGGCAAAGAAACCAGGAUUAUCAUUGGUUAUGGCCCCUGUGAAUGCACAAUUGGAUGCACAGUCAAUUCUAGCGCUGCUACUGGCCGGGAUUACCUCUCCAUUGGUCCAGGCAACGGAGCUGCUAUGUGGAUUGCCAACCCAAAUGAUCAUAAUGAGCUUGUUCCCGUCGGCGCUGUCGGUGAGCUGCUCGUCGAGGGCCCAAUUGUCGGACAGGGCUAUCUGAAUGACCCCGAGAAGACUGCUGCUUCUUUCAUUAAUGACCCACCCUGGUUGCUCGCAGGCCACAAAAACUACGCUGGUCGUCAGGGCCGUCUUUACAAGACUGGAGAUCUUGGAAGAUACGACCCUGACGGCCUUGGAGGUAUCGUUUUCGUCGGACGAAAGGAUACCCAAGUCAAACUGCGUGGACAGCGUGUCGAAUUGGGUGAAAUUGAAAGUCAGCUCAAGGCUGUCCUGCCUUCAGAAGCCAACGUCAUUGCUGAAGUGAUCAAGCCCAAGGACUAUGGAGGUCAACCGAUGCUCGUCGCUUUCGUGGCUUUCCAGCCCAAGGCUCAUGGACAGGUUGAGCUUGCAUUAGAUGAGCUUUCAAGUGAGCUCAGUGACACAUUGACCAAUGCCAAUGCGGAGGUGUCCAAAACCCUACCGCGAUACAUGGUGCCGACCACAUACAUCCCGGUCAAUGUUGUUCCAGUGUUGAUCUCAGGCAAGACCGAUCGCAAACAACUCCGAGCAUUUGGAGCGGAAAUUGAUUUGCGCCAGUUGGACCAAGCUGCCGCGAGCACCGCUUCUCGGGAACUCACCGAGGUUGAACAACGUCUGCGACAAGCUUGGGCUGAGACACUCAAGCUUGAAGCAGAGGCCAUUCGCCCCGAUGACAACUUCUUUGCGCUCGGUGGUGACUCGUUGGCAGCGAUGAGACUCGUGUCUGUCUGCAGAACGCAAGACCUUGAUCUUUCUGUGAUUGCUACAUUCGGAAACCCUACCCUCUCGGCGAUGGCCACCAUUGUCAAGCCUUGCAGCUCCGAAGCACAGGAGGAGAUCGCACCCUUUUCUCUGAUCUCUCAAUCCGCCGAUAGUGCCCGUCUUGAAGCAGCACAAGCUUGUGGACUGGAACAAGCAGAUGUGGAAGAUAUCUACCUUUGCACGCCCACUCAAGAGUCAUUGUUCACCUUCUCGCUCAAAUCAACUAAGGCGUACAUUGCCCAGCGAGUUGCGUGUAUUCCCGCACAUAUCAGCCUCGAUGCAUGGAGGAAGGCAUGGGAAGAUGUUGUUGCAGCAAGCCCUAUCCUUCGCUCUCGCUUGGCACCGCUCCAAGACCCUGGUCUUCAGCAAAUUGUGCUGAAGGAAGGUAUCUCUUGGAGAUACUCUACCAAUCUGGAAAAGUAUCUUGAGAACGACCGAAAUGAGCGGAUGAACCUUGGUCAAAGCCUCGCUCGCUACGGUCUUGUCAGCAACCCGAAUGAUGACAAGCGAUACAUGAUCUGGACCGUCCACCACGUUCUCUACGACGGAUGGUCAGAGCCAAUCGUUCUCAAGCAAGUCAGCGAUGCCUUGCAAAACCAAUCUAUUGAGAUCCAAACACAGAUGCGGAACUUUGUCAAAUACGUUCGUGAUACAGACGAGACUGCCAUGCACGAUUUCUGGAGACGGGAGUUAAAGGGCGCCGUUGGGCCUCAGUUCCCCCGUUUGCCUUCUCGCGACUUCAUGCCAACUCCUAAUGCCCUGAUUGAGCAUCAAAUUUCCCUCGAGGCAGGUGCCGGAUCACCUUUCACGAUGGCGACAUUGGUCCGAGGUGCCUGGGCUCUCGUCGCUUCCCAAUACACCGGAAGCGACGAUGUUGUCUUUGGUGAGACACUCACCGGUCGUGACAUUCCCCUGCCAGGCGUUGAGAGUAUUGUCGGACCAUUGAUCGCAACAAUCCCCAUCCGCAUUCAAGUCCGCCGAUCCAGCUCAGUCGAAGACUAUCUUCAGACGGUACAGCAAGCCAUCUUGGCGCGCACACCCUACCAGCACAUGGGAAUGCAGAACAUUAGAAAGGUCAGCCAGGACGCCCAGUACGCAUGCGAAGCCGGCACUGGUCUAGUCAUCCAGCCAGAUCCCGAGUACGUGGGCAGCGAGCUUGGAUUCGAACUCGGCGACGUUGUCCGUGAAGCGCUUCACUUCAACCCCUACCCGCUCAUGGUGGCCUUUGGAAUCCGCAAGGGUGGCCUCCGGGUCUGCGCCAGUUUCGACAGCAGCCUGAUCGAGGGUUCACAGAUGCAACGAAUUCUCGCGCAGUUGGAAACCGCUUGCAUGCAGUUAUCCAAGGGUCUUGAUAAGCGCAUUGAUGAGAUUUCUUGUCUUCCUGCGGCUGAAAUAGACCAAAUCUGGCAGUGGAACCAACCUCCUCCUCUUUCUGUGGAAGAGUUGACUGGUAACCUUCGAGCCCAUGCGAGCACCAAACAGGGAUCUGUCUAUCCUCGCACUGUGAUUCCCUGGGUGUGUAAUCCUCGCAACCCGAGUCUGUUGUCGCCGAUUGGCAGUGUUGGUGAGCUCUGGCUUGAAGGAGCUUGCCUUUCUGGGGAGAUUGUUGAGUCUCCUGCUUGGCUCGUGGCCGGAAGCUCUGGAUGUGCUGGCCGAUCAGGAAAGGUUCAACCAACGGGUGACAUGGUUCAGCUCCAGGAUGAUGGCAGUCUGAUAUUUGUUGGCCGAAAGGAAAACGUCGUGCCACUUCAAGGACAUGCAGUGGAUAUUGCAGAUCUUGAGUCGCACUUCGAGAAACACCUUCCGUCAACAAUCCGUGCCGCAGCAUCUGUGUUCCAGCCAUCCAGAGAAGGUAGCCAGAAAGUUACAGAGCAAGAGCUGGCUGUCUUCAUUGAGAACCAGCCUUCUGAGGAAGACAGUAUCAGAGUUAUGCCUGCGAAAUACGAGAUGGCUGACCACGAUAGCACCAUCUGUGACACUAUCUCUGUCACCCUGGCUGUCGCGUUGAAGAAGCUGGACAAAUACAUCCGAGACUCACUGCCAUCAUACAUGGCGCCCUCUGCAUAUGUUGUGGUCGACAAGUUGCCUGCUGGUCUGGAGGAACUUGAUCACUCCUCGCUCAACCAGUUGGCCUCGAAUAUUCCUUACAGUGUUCUCGAACAACUUCGUGGAGGUUUCAAGGAGGCAUGGACAAAGGGAUUGGCACAGACAGAUCUAUCUCCAGCAGAGAAGAUUCUACAAGCUGCUUGGGCGAACAUCCUCCGACUGGCCCCUGAGGAGAUCGAUGUUGAUGACAACUUCUUCCGCCUCGGAGGCGACUCUGUCCUGGCAAUGAAACUAGUGUCGGGUCUCCGCACCCAGGGACAUAGCCUGUCAGUGGCUGAUAUCUUCCAACACAUGCGUCUUGGUGAUGCAGCCAAGGUGCUGAAGGUGGACCAAGCAAAGGAAACCGUCCAGCCCUACAAGCCUUUCUCAUCGCUCAGCAACCUAGAUAUCAAGAUGUUCUUGACCUCGACUGUGCGGCCCAAACUCGCCAACCCAGGUUGGCCCAUCCAGGACGUGUCUCCGAUCACAGAUUCCCAGGCCCUUGAUAUCAGAGCAACCAUCGGAGCCCCACGCACUUCUGUUCAAUAUACCAUGAUGUACUUCGACCAGAGCAUCGAUCGCGAGCAACUGCUACGUGCAUGCAGUGACCUAGUCAAGACUCACGAUAUUCUGCGCACUGUGUUCAUCGAGAAUGAAUCAUCCUUCCUCCAGGUUGUUCUCGAGAACGCCCAAGUUCCCGUGGCCAUGCACCAGGCUGACAAGGAAAUUGAGCAAUACGUCACCGAGCUCUGCACAGCAGAAAUCGAGUCAAACUUCGAACUUGGCUCGCCAUUCUUCAAGAUCUUCCAUGUUCAACACGAGGAUGGAAAGCACUGCCUUGUGCUUGGUCUUUCGCACGCCCAGUAUGACGGCGUUUCCCUCCCUAGACUUCUCCAGGACUUGGAGACCUUGUACGCUGGAGGCAAGGUUGUCGACUUUGAGCCCUUCGCCACUUACAUAGCACGGGUUUCUGAUGGACGUCUUCAAACCCAGGCAGUCAACUACUGGAACAACCUGCUCAAGGGCUCAGCACUAUCCGUCCUUGACGGAGCCACAGUCCAACACACAGACAAAGCCAUCUUCCACGAAAAGGCCGUCGAAGACUUCCAGACCGUUCAGGAAAUCACCACUGCAAAUGUGCUCACCGCAGCCUGGGCACUGGUCCUCGCCCGUCGUCUUGGUAAGCCCGACGUGACAUUCGGCACAGUGACUUCAGGCCGAUCCCUCGACCUCGCAAACGUGGAGAACGUCAUGGGUCCAUGCUACCAACUCACUCCCGUCAGAGUUAAGUUCGAGUCCCAAUGGACAGCCAUGGAUCUACUACGUUUCGUGCAGAAGCAGAGUGCCGAAUCUGCCGCCCACGAUUUCCUCGGAUUCGAGAAGAUCUCCAAGCAGUGUGCCCAGUGGGUACCAGAGGCUCGAUCCUUUGACUCGAUCGUCCACCACCAGGACUGGGACGAUUUCGAUGAUAUGCCGUUUGCCGGGUCAUCUUGCAAGGUUGAUAUCUCGAAUCCCCAUGGUGAUGCUGCUUAUCCUAUGAAGGCUGUUUCGUUUGUGCGUGGUGGAAAGAUGCACGUUGGAUUUGUUGGAAGUGAGAGGGAUGCGACGUUUGUGGAUGCCACUCUUGAUGAAUUGGCUGCUGCUGUGAAGGAGUUGUCGGUUUGUGGAGCUGAGCCAUUGGUGCUUAAUGAAUGA